AUGGCACCAACCGGAUUCACCGACUGGGACCGCGCCUCGCGACGGGGCUUGGCCCCUCAUGUAAAGAGUUGCCUGGCAAGAUCCCUAGGAUUUGAGAUACUCUGGACGGCAUAUGACCUCAGUCCUGCUACCGACAUUGCCCUUGUUUUAGCAACGGUCCUAUUCGAGAACGGUCUCGCCGAAAUUGCCCGGUCUCUAUUGUCGAAGCUACUUGUUCGACUGUCGGGAACAGAUGGCAAGGUUGACAAGACCAAAGCUCUUAAUGUGAAGAUGUUCCUUGCAACAACGCUACACGACAUGGGAGAGCGUAGCCAAGCACUUGCCUUACGGAGAGAAGUCUUCGAGGCUUGCCAACAGCAGAGGGGUAAAGCAGGGCUUGGUAGAGAGACCGAAUGGCGCUAUCUCCACGCUGCCGGUGCGCUGGCCGAAUCCUUAUCUUUGCUUCCUGAACGGCGUGUCGAGGCCGCUAACCUUCUGAGAGAUGUCCAUGAUAUGGCUGCACUUCUAUCGCCGCCGGGCAAAGUAUCGGUAGCACUCCUUCGCACUAAGUCGAGGCUGGCUAAGGUGCUCUAUCAGCUGGGUGCAUAUCGCCACGCAUUCGAUCUCCGCGACGAGGUAGUGAAUAUCUUGAAUGGGGAACAAGAUAUGCAAAGCGUGCAAUAUAAAAUGGAGGCAAUGGAAGAAUUGGCUCAGAGUUUGUCAAAAAUGGGACGUCUCAUUGACGCUCUCAAACUCCGCGGAGCUAUACAUGAGUUCCGUGUGGCCACGCUCCCCCCAAAACACCCAGAGACGAGCCUGGCUUCUAUCAACCUGAUUAUCUCCCUUGAAAACAUUAACUCCUCGACUAUACCGACUCCCCUCUCCUCCGAGUGGGAAAAUAUGUACCUUGCCGAACAAAGGUUGUCGAAGGCGUUAGGGGAACACCACGCCAUGACGCUCCGGGUUAAGUCCAACAUAGCUCGUAUUUUCCUAGCUAGAAAGGACUAUGAAAGUGCUUUCGAAAAGGUAUCAGAAGUAAGAAGAAUCAUGGCUAGCCAGGGUGCCAAGCUGGUAGGCAAGCAAACGGGUAGCUACGACCAGGAUAUGCUGGACUGCGAUCGCCUACAUGCUGAGCUACUCUUGCGGCGCUGGACUGAAGCAGACAAACGGGAUGCCUUGAUGCUAUGGAGACAGAUUGCCAAGCGCCUCCGUCAUCAAAAUGCAGGGACUCGACAAGUGUCGUAUGCGAUCCUCAGAGUGGCACGAUGUUAUAUAAAGCGCAACGAGCUGGACAAUGCCGAAGCGAAGGUAGAGGAGGCGAGCAGACUCUCGCAAGAUGGCUUUUACGACAAUACGUUAGACUGCAAAGUACUCCAGGCCGAUAUUCUAGAAAGACGAGCAGAUGCAUGCGACUUAUCUAACUCAAGUAAUAGCGGCUCUGAAGAGGACCAGAAACAGGAUAACAGGCCGAAUGGAGGUUAUGUCCCCGAGAAACGCAACACACGUUUUCGCUACAUAUGGUCGUGCCAGAACGAUAAUUGUAAACACAUUGCCGGGAAGCCUUACGUCAUGGAAGCCUGCUACUGCAGAUUUUCGCGACGCCGAGCCGGUAGAAUGUGCCGAAAGCCUCGUCACACAUGCGGCCGCGGCAAGGGCUCGCAGCUCAACGACCUCAUGCCCAGCAAGGUCGGGUGCUUCUGUCGCCCUUCUACUAGCUUACCAAACGCCAUGCUCUGUUGCCACUGCCACAAACCCAUGAUUGCCGUAUCAAGACAUAAGAGAUGGAGCUGGGGAGUGGCCAACUCCAGCCAGGUCCCGGACGACUGGGACUCUCCUAGCGAUUUGGGCACCAACUGCCCUAGCGGUUCGGAAGAAUUUGUGUCGGUGAUUGACUCCAACGACCUGCCAGAGCCACCCCCAAGUGAUGAUGAUUAUGGUGAUGAUGAGAGCCAAGACAGUCAAAGACAGUUUAUACUACCUUAUUGA